AGAGCGUCGAAAGACGCCGUUCGCCUCCCACCACAGGAGCGGAGGGCGUCUUUUGACGCUGUUCGCACUGAACGUGUUAAUCCCUCACAAUCCGUUUCCUAACAGUAGUGAGGUGUGUAGUCAAGAUAAAACUGCAGGGUGCUGUGGAAUAUACAGGCUUGAACUAGAAAAAAUGGCGCCAAGUAGAUUGUCUCUAUACUUACUACGGCUUCGUUGGAGGUUUCAAAUAAAAGGGAUUAGCUGUAAAGGUUGGUAUAGCAUCUGCUGCUGUGUAUUAUAUGAAGGAACAAGGCAUUUGGAAACCUAGCGAUGAAUCUAUAAAGACACUUGAAAAAAUGAAACACACUGUUAAUCCUUAUGUUGACACUGUGAAAAAGCAAAUACCAUUUGAGGUUCCCAAGCUACCACAAUCAGAAAGUCUUUCAUCCUUAAUAAAACAAAGUUGGAAUGCAGGGGUUAUGGCAACAUUUGCUUUUUUGGCAAAUCUACCAAAUAAGGUAGAAGAUUGGAAAACUGGGGGUAUGCAGACCAUCACGAAAAAUCCAGAUAUGAAGAAAUUUUUAGAUUCUUUUUCAUCUAAAAAUGCACCACAAAGUAAAUAAUUGACAAAUUUCAAAUAAAAUUGGUUAGUCCUUGUUACAUUAUUUUUUUAUUAUACUCCAUCCAUUACCAGCACAUAUUUCCUUUAUCUACAAAAUCAGCAGAAGUUUAUUGUUAAUGAC